AUAGGUUGAAUUUAGCAUAUUUGGUUGUGUUUGAUAGUUAUUAAAUCAUUUAAAUGCAAGCUUCAAUUGGCCAAAUUAUCUUACGCUAGUUGAUUAACUUUAAUACUACGAAUAGUUUUUAGGGACUGUUUACAGGUGGUUUUUUGCGAUAAUUUAAACAACUUUAUUAUUGCUUAACCAUGGGUUGGAAUAUUUACAAAUUGUUGUGUUGCUGUGGCAGUUCUAAUGAAUCAACUAGAGUAGAUUUGGCAAUUGUCCGAGAGCAACAAGCUGCUGCUGCUGAAAAACGAUUAAAAGAACAAGAAAGUCGAGGCAUUAAAAAUCCAGAUCGUGUCAAACGUAUGCAACGAGAACAACAAAAACGUGAUGAAGAAUCUAGCAGAAAUGCUAAUAUGGGAACAAGUACUGGAUUAAAGUGGCAAGUCAGUUAAUUGUUCAAAACAUUGAAGUUUAUAUUUCCAUCCAAAAAAUAUGUAUUUAUGUAUUUAUUUAUUAAUAUAUUAAAUUACCUAUAUUUUUAAUUACUGUAUGUAAUAAUUUAUGUAUAUAACAUGUAAUAUUCAUCUAGUUAUAAUUUUAGUUUAUUGAAAUAUGUUUUUUUCUGUUUCUUAUUAAUAUAUUUUAUUUUUUUUAUUGUUUUACUAUUAUACUAUAAUAUUAUAUAUCACAAACAAAUUAAAAACAUUGUCUAAAAAAUUAACAAUAUAAAUAUUUAAAAUUAAAUUAUAUUGUACAUUUAUUAUUUUGUUUUACCUAAUUUAAAAAUAUUUCAUUAAUAUAUUUUAAUUCUAAUAAAUGAGAUCCGAAGCGAAGGA